AACAACCCAAUUACAUUUAUAAAGCUAUUGAUGAAGUCAAGCAACCUAGUUACAUUUAUAAGGUCAACAACGAAGCCAAACAAUCCAACUACAUUUACAAAGCCAACAAUGAAGUCAAACAACCCAAUUACAUUUAUAAAGCCAACAAUGAAGCCGAACAACCCAACUACAUUUAUAAAGCCAACAGUGAAGCCAAACAACCAACCUACAUUUACAAAGCUAGCCAUGAAGUCAAACAACCCAAUUACAUUUAUAAAGCUAGUGAUGACGUCAAACAACCAAAUUAUAUUUAUAAGGCUAGCGAUGAAGUCAAACAACCCAAUUACAUUUAUAAAGCUAGCGACGAAUCCAAACAACCCAACUACAUUUACAAAGCUAGCGACGAAGUCAAACAACCCAACUACAUUUACAAAGUCAACCAGAAAGCCAAACAACCCAACUACAAUUACAAAGCUAGCCAUGAAGCCAAACAACCCAAUUACAUUUAUAAAGCCAACAAUGAAGCCAAACAACCCAACUACAUUUACAAAGCUAGCGAUGAAGUCAAACAACCCAAUUACAUUUAUAAAGCCAAUAAAGAAGCCAAACAACCCAACUACAUUUACAAAGCCAACCAUGAAGCCCAAUUACAUUUACAAAGCCAACCAUGAAGCCAAACAACCCAAUUACAUUUACAAAGCUAACGAUGAAGUCAAACAACCCAAUUACAUUUAUAAAGCCAAUAAAGAAGCCAAACAACCCAAUUAUAUUUAUAAGGCUAGCGGUGAAGCUAUGCAACCAAAUUACAAUUACAAGGCUCCUACCCAUGAUCAUAUUGAAGCUUUUCGGAUAGGAUUUUUCAAUUUGGAUGAUCUUCAUGUUGGAAAUGUAAUGACCCUCCAAUUUCCAAUCCAAGAGAUUUCUAAUUUCCUUUCGAGAAAAGAGGCUGACUCAAUUCCUCUCUCAAUUUCACAACUCCCAAGUGUUCUCGAACUCCUUUCAAUCCCCGAAGACUCUCCUCAAGCAAAAUCAAUGAGAGAAACACUUGAGCAAUGUCAAGCAGAACCCGUCACAGGGGAGUCCAAGACCUGUGCCAACUCUAUAGAGUCCAUGCUUGAAUUUGUUGACAAAAUAAUUGGUUCCGACUCCAAGCAUAAUGUUCUUACUACCACCCACCCCUCACCCUCGGCUAUCCCUCUCCAAAAAUACACCAUUUUAAAAGUAUCACGUGACAUUAGUGUUCCCAAAUGGGUAUCUUGCCAUCCCCUCCCAUAUCCAUAUGCCAUUUACUAUUGUCAUUACAUAGCUACAGGAACUAGGGUGUUCAAGGUCUCAUUGGUUGGUGAUGUGAAUGGAGAUAAAAUAGAAGCUGUAGGAAUGUGCCAUUUGGAUACAUCUGAUUGGAAUCCAGAUCAUAUAAUAUUCAGGACACUAAGGAUCAAGCCAGGGAAGAAUGUUCCGGUGUGUCACUUAUUAUCCAUAAACCAUCUUUUGUGGGUACCAGGUCAAACUUCAAAAGCUAUUGUGUAAAGUGAGUUGAUCAAUCUAGAUCAGUGUGUAUAAUAAAAGUCGAUCAAUCUUACCAAUCUGCAUUAGCUAGCAAUAGCAUCCAUGUUGGUGAGUGAUGACCAGUUUCCUAUUUAUGUGUCUUGUUACUUGUUUUAUGUAUAAAUAAAGUAAAUAACGUGUGUUUGUUGA